AUGUUUCGCGUGGGACUCCAGCGCGGGGCGUCGCUUGUUGUAGCACCGAUUCUGGCGGACAACUACUUGUAUGCGCUCUGCACUGCCAACGGUGGAGUGGCGGUAGUGGACCCCGGCGGAGUGCCCGAGACAGCCGAGUGGGACGAGGUGAACAAGGCAGUCAAGGCCGUCCUUGUCACCCACCACCAUCACGACCAUGUCGACGAGCUGCGGAGUGUACUCGCUCAUGCCAGCAUCAAGCGCCCGCCCGUGGUCGUCUCCUCGGCAGCCGCGCUCCGCGUCCCCUGCUCGUCCUCGCACCUGUCGCUCGAGCCCGGCUCCACCAAGGUCGACAUCCCUGGCCUCGGCCCGGAUGCGGCAGUCGACGUCAUCGCCACGCCUGGUCACACCCGCGAUCAUUGCGCGUUCCACUUUCCUCAGCUCGGCGUCGUUUUCUCGGGCGACAACCUGUUCGGGCUCGGCUGCGGUCGGGUCUUUGAGGGCUCGAUCGCAGAGAUGCAUGCCUCGCUUCAGAGCCUCGCCAAACUCCCGGAUCAUACCGUGGUUGCUGGCUCGCACGAGUACACCCUCGCCAAUCUCGAGUUCUGCCUCUCGCUCGGCGAUGAGCUCUACUCGUACCUCCCCGGCUCGCCCGAUGAUGCCAAGGCCGCCUUUGAUGCUCGUGCCGCUGACAUCCGCACCGCCGCUGCCGCCGGUAAGCCCACCAUGCCCACCACCAUCGGGCUGGAAAAAGCCACCAACCCGUUCCUCGUCCCUGACCUCUCCAGCUUUGCCCGAGUCCGCGCCGCCAAGGACGUGUUCUAA